UUUUCACAACCUGGAAUAUACCCACGUAACCAAGCACGCGAAUCCAGAAACCUCAUUACCUGCACUGCAGUAGCCACCCUCAUUCCUGCUCCUGGCGCCAACCCCUGUCCCCGGAGGUACUUGGUCACGCCUCCAAGACCUGCAUCUGGACCAGGCAGUGUGGAAGGAAACUUGCUGGGAAACAAUGACCAGAACCCAACAGGGAAAGACCUGUCUUUCCCACCAUUUCCAUCAGUCACUUCCCCCACGGCUGGGAUGGGGCAUGAAUUUUCCCCACUCAAAACCAAGAAACAAGGAGGAGUGUGCUUUGGUGUCCAGUGUACCUCCAGUCUUCCACUUUAGCCCGUAUCGCUGCACACACCUCAAGAACCAGUAUUUGAAAAGGGCCGCUACAAACCUUACCUUCUCUCAGGAGGUGGUAUGGCAGCGAGGGCUUCCCAGCAUCCCUUACAGCCAGUACAACUUUGACCAUCUCUACAACACAGACCACAUCAUCCAGCCUCUCCAGAUCAGGAGGGCCCGAUCUGAGAAACCCACUGGCUUCAAGUCCUUGGGUUCUUCAGGUCUCUCAGCAAGGGUCACCUCCCAGGCUGUGAAGACAGAAAGUUCCGCCAAUCUUAAGCAGCCGCGGAAACCAAAGCUAGCAAGGGUGGUCCAUGAAAAACCUUCCCCUGGCAUCCCUCACUCCGGAAGGGAUCUGGACAUGCUGGGUAUGUCGCUUUCUCCAGAUGUGUACCUGGAGGAGAGGGAAACCUGGCUUCCACCUUCUGAGAAGGAGGCCCAAGCCUGGGAAGCCAUCGUGCUGGAAAAGCUGAACAAGCGCACUGCCCGAUGGAUCCAGAACAAGCGUCCUCUUAGAUCUGGGGUCUCCCCCAACAAGUGGCAGAGCUUUCUGCGCCAGCAAUAUGACUGGAGCCACAUCCGGGAUGAGCUUACUUCCACAAGUGACCUGGAGCUCUUGAACCGGCUAGAGGAAGAAGAAACAGCAGAAUUUGAGGAUCAAAGUGUUAUCCUGCCAACCCAGGAAAAAGAAAAGCCAGAGCUGCUGCUUCCUGUUUAUUAUAGACUGCCCAAUUACUUGCCACAAGUGCAGACAACUGAAACUAUGCCUGGCAACAAUAAGACUGCUGAGGAUAUCAAAGGAAAGAACGUCCACCAGCCCCCAAAGCAGAGCUACUUCCGACAGGUGAAUCCUCGAGCUGGAAAGUUUGCUUACUCCACAGCCAACACCUAUGAACAGGAGAUAUACUUUGAUCAAGUCCAGGUCAUCCACCAGAUUGGUGCGAAGAGAGACCACAUUUUCCUGGAAAACUUCAAUCGGUACAAGAAGCAGCUGUCUAAAGUCUUCCCUGAAACCCCAGAAAGGUGGACUUCCCAGCCAGUUCCCGAAGCACCCUACAGGCCUGUGAAAGGAGCCCCACGCUGGACGGCUCUGCCCACCCCAGCCAAGGAUCUGCUGUUCCAGCUGAGUGAGAAGGAUGCCCGUAAGACCAGGAGACUGAAGAAGCAGGAAGAAUCACUGAAGGAAGAUGGGACUUGGGAACUGGGGGCCCUGCAGAGGAUGCUGGAGGAAUGGAAGACUGCCUGGGCUCUGAUCAUUGAGUGGCAUCAUGAGACAAUAGAGGGCCUGAUGCGGGGCUUGGUGGACAUGCAUGAUGAUGUUCGGAUCCAAGCCAUCAUCACAUGUGCCACAGCUGCUUUAGAACAGCCCCGGAAUGCCACCAGCCAGGGGGACUCAGGCAAGGAGACUGUGAAAGCCCCAUCUAUCCAGGACUUGCCAGAGGUUCUACAGCCCGCCCUGGAGGCUGCUCUUUGUGACAAAAAUGCCAAUGUGCGGAUGGCAGCGGCAGUAUGCCAAUAUGCCAUACAGUCGCAUAAUCCCCUUGCCCGGGACAUCAUGCAUACUGCCGUUUCAAAGGGUAAUAGCGUGGACAGCUGGGCUGCCGCUCAGUGCUUGGCUCUAGAAGGUGCUGCCACAUACCCUGUGAUUAAGAGGAUCCUCCAACAGCUGUUUAAUAAGAAGAAUGAUGACACUGAACGCCACUCUUGUAUGCUCCUGAGCCAUCUCAGCAGGAAGACAACCUUGAUACACACCAUGCUUGCUGUGGAGCUAAAUAGCUACCAGUGGAAGGACCGGAUUGUGGCCUGCCGGGCUCUCUCACAGAUCGGGGGAACUGUCAGUUUGGAUAUGAAACAUAAGUUAAUCCAACUAAUGCUGAGUGACUGGAAGAAGGAAGUGAGACAUGCAGCUGCCCAAGCUCUGGGGCAAAUGAGCCUUGGGAAAGAGGUGCAUAACACCAUCAGAGUCAAACUGAGUCAAGGAAAUUUCCGGGAACGUGUGGAAGCUCUCUCCCUGAUUGGUGGGCUCAAGCUCAUGACUGCCAGGCUUCUCCCCAGCUUCCUCAACUGCUUCUCUGAUGACUUCAUGGCAGUUCGCCGGGCAGCCUGUUUAGCAGCAGGUGCCCUACAGAUCCGUGAUAAUAGGGUCCUUGAAUGCCUUUUGAAUCUGAUACAGAGGGAUCCUUAUUGGAAAAUCAAGGCAUCUGCCAUUCAAGCUUUGGGUCAGAUUGGCCAAGUGAGUCCCCAGCUGACAGACCUCCUGCUCUGGGCUAUCCAUUAUGAAAAGUCACCAGGUGUACGACUAGAAGCUUGCCGUAGCAUCCUAGCCCUCAAUCUUCAAGGGGAUCGGGUCAGGGACACCUUCCUAGAUGUGCUGCUCCUAGAGAAUCACGAGGCUGUUCUAAAGGAAAUUGACCAGGCAAUGAAAAUACUCAACUUAGAAAAUGAAGGAAACCAAGAAAUGCUUCAGGAGAUCAAGAACAGGAUUCAAACACUAAGCCAAAAGGACUUGCUGACACAGAAAAUAUUCAAGAUGGAGAGGGUCAUAGGAAAAGUGAAGGAGGAAGCAAAACGUGUUUACUUGCAACCCAAAGAGGGGCAAAAACCACUGAAACUCUGUACUUUACUACAAGAAACUUUUCAGGAUGAAGUGGUGAUUCCUAGAAAACCGUCUGAAACUUGUGACAUUAAAACAGUCAUAAAGCCUGUGAGGCCCCACACACCAAAUCCCUGGUCACGGAGUCCAGUCCUCAACCUAAACACAAGAAGCAGAAGUCAGUCGUCAUGUGUGAAAGAUCUACGUAGUGCCCGGGAGAAAAGGAUUAUGAUGGGACCAUUUGGAUCGAACAACCUGGAUCUCUAGCCAGAUAAAUACUCAGAAAUUUUUUCCAGGGUCAUGUUCUCUUCCCUUGGAAGGAAAGGUAAUCAUUUCUAAGAUGAGCCUUCUCUUGCUCCAAGAUAGACAGCAGUGGACCUGGUAGUCACAUUGUUUUUUA